UUAGUUCCUCAGGGUCACUGGCCGUCUCACGACCGUCUCGGGCGGAGGGACCCAAUCCACGUCCGUCAUUGCAGGUCGCGGCAGGCAGCGCUCCGCGGGCUAACUUCUCCGAUGGCCUGAAGGACGCCACCCGCGGUGUUUAGGGUUUGGGUUUGUCAGGCUGUGUCUUCGUGGACAGCUGUGCGUCUUGUUCGCAGGAAAAAGGCAUCAGGGGUGCCGCACUUUUCUCAUAGGCCGGGGAUGCCCUGCUAACCGCCAACGCCACGCCCGGCUCCGGCCGCCAGGGGUCAGGCGCUUCACUCGCUCCGGCCAUCUCCAAGAAGGCGGCCGCGCGAGGCCCCGCCUACGUGGGGGUGUGGCCUGGUAGCCGCCAGCCAAUGGGAAGGCAGAGCUGGCGGCCAGCCAAUGGGAAGGCAGCGCUGGCGGCCAGCCAAUGGGAGGGCAGAGCUGGCCAGCCAAUGGGAGGGCAGCGCGGGGCGGGCGGACGGAGCUGCCGCCAGCUGCCGGGUCUCAGCAUGUCGGGUUCCCGCGCCCUGGCCGCCGCCGCCUCGGACCCGGGGUCCGGGAGCUGCAGGAGGACGUGGGCCGAGCUGCUGGCGGGCCGGGCCCAGAGGCAGAAGCCCGGUCCUGAGCGGGGCCGGCGGGUCCUGGCGGCCGCCCUGCAGCUCCUGAGGCGCCAUGUGGACCUGAGCCAGCUGCUGCUGGAGGUGGACGGCCCUCGACCUGCAGAGCCGGCCCUGAGCGGAGGGAUGGACGGGCGGAUGGACCGCGGCAGCCCCGGUGCGCUGGUCGGCUCUGCUCUGCGGGAUCAAGCCUCUCGGCUGGGGGUGCCAGUGGCCGUCCUGUCCAGCCACACAGUGGCCUCCAGCUUUGUGCAGAUCUGUGCGGCGCGUGCGGAGCCCUCCCGUGGGGUGUUGCUCGACCCAGAGCAGAGAAAGAAACUGUCUUCCUUGUUAGAGAUCGCUGGGCAUUUACUAGCACACAGUAUGUUCUCCCGUCUCACCUUCUGUCAAGAAUUGUGGAAAGUACAGGAUUCUUUGUUGUUGGAAGCUGUGUGGCGUCUUCAAAUACAAAACAUUGUGAGCCUCCAAGAGCUACUGGAAAGCCACUCGGAUGUGCAGGCGGUGGUGGCGUGGCUCUUCAGGAACCUGCGCUGUCUGUGUGAGCAGACAGAAGACACCUCUCAGCACGUCGACAUCACCAGGGCUGUGCUCUCUGAUUUUGUGCAAGUGUUUGUUUUGAGGGGAUUUCAGAAAAUCUCAGGUCCAAGAAGAAAUGUGGAGGCUGAACAGAUGCCCCAGAUUGCUGUGGCCGUGUUGCAGAGAAUGCUGCUCUUCGCACUUGAAACCUUGGCUGCUGGCGUGCAGGAGGAGUCCAAAGCGCACAAGGCAGUGAGGUGCUGGUUCAGUGGAUUCAGUGGACACACAUUCCACAGUAUAAUUUCGACGGAUUCUUCAAAGAGGUUUUUCAGGCACACGCUGACUCAGAUACUUACUCACCAGCCUGUGCUGAAAGUCUCCGAUGCUGUUCAAAUGCAGAGGGACUGGAGCUUCGCCAGGACCCACCCUCUGCUCACUGGCCUGUACCGCAGGCUCUUCGUGCUUCUGAGUCCCGAGGAGCUGGUGGGCCACUUACAAGAUGUUCUGGAGACUCACGAGGUGAACUGGCAGCACGUGCUGUCCUGUGUGUCCACAAUGGUGAUCUGCUUCCCUGGAGCCCAGCGGCUGGUGACCGAUUGGGUAACCUGUCUGCUGGCCCGUGCGUUUGAGAGCUUUGACCUGGACUGCAUGGUCACUGUGUUCCUGGUUGUGCGUCAGGCUGCGCUGGAGGGCCCCUCCGUGUUCCCGUCCUAUGCAGACUGGUUCCAGGCUUCUUUUGGGAGCUCAAGGGGCCACCACUGCAGCAGCAAGAAGGCACUGGUCUUCCUCUUCAAGUUCCUGUCUGACCUCGUGCCCUUUGAGGCCCCCCGGUACCUGCAGGUGCAUAUUCUCCAUCCACCCCUGGUCCCCAGCAAGUACCGCUCCCUCCUCACAGACUACGUCUCGCUGGCCAAGACGCGGCUGGCCGACCUGAAGGUUUCUGUGGAGAACAUGGGGCUCUAUGAGGAUUUGUCUACAGCCAGGGACGUCACAGAGCCCCACCGCCAGGCAUCCCAGGAUGUGGAGAAGGCUAUCCAGGUGUUUGAACACACAGGGAAAAUUCCCAUUGCCGUCAUGGAGGCCAGCAUAUUUAGGAGGCCCUACUACAUCUCUCACUUUCUGCCCGCCCUGCUCACACCGCGAGUGAUCCCGAGUGCCCCUGACUCCCGGGUGGCCUUCAUAGAGACCCUGAAGAGAGCAGAUAAAAUCCCCUCGUCUCUGUAUUCCACCUACCGCCAAGCCUGCUCUGCUGCUGGAGAGAAGACACCGACAACAGAUGCAGCCCUGGGAAUGGAGGUGGAGGCAGAACCUGGCUGUGCGGAAGGCUCCCUGGGACUGCUCACAGCUGCACUUCAAGAGCUCAGGGCUGCCAUGACAGACCCCGCCCAUUAUGAUGUUUUGUCUGCUCAGAUUGCGGUGGUUUCUGAGAGGCUGCACUCUGCCCUGGGCCUCAGUGAGGAUGACGGCAGCUCCGAGGUCUCGAAGAUCCAGCUCAGUGUUCUUGCUCCCAAACUGGAGCAGCGGGAGCAGCAGGUCGUGGAUCUUCUGCUGACGUCUUUCUGUCAGAACCUAAUGGCAGCCUCCACUUUUGCCCCACCGGACAGGCAGGGCUCCUGGGCGGCCCGCUUUGUGACGACCACAUGUAGACGCUCGCUCCUCCCCGCUGUGCUCACCAGGCUCUGCCAGCUUCUCCAUCACCAGGGCCCGAGCCUGAGUGCCUCGCAUGUGCUGGGGUUGGCUGCCCUGGCCAUCCACCUUGGCGAGUCCAGGUCUGUGCUCCCGGAGGUUCACAUGGGCCCUCCUACCCUUGCCAGGGGCCUCUCCAUCCCUGAGUUCUUCAGCAGCCUCCUGACAUGCAGGUCCAAGGAGUCCUCACUCUUCUGCCUCAAAUUUUGUACCGCGACAAUUUCUUACGCUUUGUGUAAGUUUUCUCCCCAGUCAUGUGAUGCUUGGUACAGCUGUUUAUCUCCAGGCCUAAUAAAAAAGUUUCAGUUCAUUGUGCUCAGAUUGUUCUCAGAAGCCCGAGACCCUCUCUCCGUGGAGGACACAGCCAGCCUGCCCUGGAGGCCCUCGUGCCUGCCGCCUGCAGACUGGCAGCGAGCUGCUCUCUGUCUGUGGAGGCAGAGGGCCUUUCAGGAACUGUUGAAGGAGAAGGACUUUCAUUUAACUUUCAGAGACUGGGUGCAGCUGGAACUGGAGAUUCACCCGGAAGUGGACUCUCUUUCAGAUAUAGAAAGGCGGGACUUCCACCAGUGGGCCAUCCGUGAGCAUUUUGUCCCCAUGCCCUCCGCUGCCGGGGGCUGUGAUGGAGACCUGGAGACAGCGUGCACCAUCCUUGUCAGCGUUCUGAUGGACUUCUGUCAGAGUUCAAGGAGUUGUGACCCCUCAGAGAAUUCUGAUUUGGUUCUUGGUGGCUACAUGGGAAAUCGAGAUAUUUUUUCAAGAUUGCAGGAGAUGGCUGCUGACCUGGAACAGGGCCCAGUGGUGCCCCAUGGCCAUGCUUGGUCUCGGGGACACUUCCUCUUCAGAAUUUUCCACAGCCGGCUCCAGGCUCUUGCAGGCGGAUGGGACAUGGCUUCCCGCCUUCAGAGACAGCGGGAGCUACUCAUGUACAAAAGAAUCCUUCUCGGACUCCCUCCAUCUGUUCUUGUCGGCAACCCCCGGGCAGAACAACCAGCCACCCCUGACUGUGCUGAGUUCUUCCACUUGGUCAACUCUGAGUUGAGAAACUUGUGUUCCCGCGGAGGUGCCCUGACACACGACAUUACCGUCCACUUCUUCAGGGGGCUCCUCCAGGCCUGUUUGCGAAGCAGAGACCCCGCCCUGACAGCCGACCAGAUCCUGACUUCCUGUCAGACCGAAUGCCCCUUGGUUUUAACCUCCGCUCUGUUGUGGUGGCAGCGCCUAGAGCCCGAGCUUCUCUGUUGGUGGAGAUGCUUCCAGAGCCCGCUGCCCCGAGAGCUGCAGAGGCUGCGUGACGCCUGGCGGUUUGCCAGCAGCCUCCUGUCCCCCGACACAGAGUUCCCUGACACAGUGUCCCCCGCCCCGGGCCCGGCCUGGGUCUCCGCUGCUGCACUACACUUUGCGAUUCAACAAGCUGGGAAAGGGAGUCUGAGGAAAGGCCUGGAGAGGCUGGGCUGUCCCACGGAGGAGCUACUGGUUGUCCUGUUUUUCUUUUCCUUGAUGGGCCUGCUGUCGACACAUCUGACCCCACCGGCUGCCAGCUGCCUGACGGCUUUGGACGUUUGUGCUGAGAUCUUGGAGUAUUUGGAGAAGAGGAAAGUGCCCUGGCUGCCGCUCUUUCAGUUGACAGAGACAGAUGCUGGCCUGGGUCACCUCCUCUUCCUCCUGGCACCGGACCAGCAUGUAAGGCUGAUGCCAGUCGCCUUCUACAGCCUCCUCUCCUACUUUGACGAAGACGCGCUCACCCAGGACGAUGCCUUCCUGCCCGUUGCUGUGGACAUGUAUCUGAAGUUGCUUUGCCUCUUUGUAGCCGGGGAGACAGGUGUACUCUCAAGUCUGGCCAGCAGGACCCAGGAGCUCCAGGGUCAGGGCUGCCCUGUUGGCCUGAUAACUAAAGCUCGUCUUUUCCUGCUGCGAUCAAUACCUCGGUGCUCCAGAGCGAGCUUCUCUAAUAUGGCAGAGGUAAUGCCCAAAUGUUCACCAUGGUGUUUGUUUAUAAAGCCAAAUCACUGUACAAGUGUGAGGAUGCGGAAGUCCAACACUUGGCCACUUUUUCUGGUCAGUUCUGGUCACCAGCUUCCCUCCCUGUGCCUUGGUGUUGGGUCUGUGCUGCACUGAGCAUGGUGUUUUCUUGCAGCUGCUGGCCACUCGUGGAGACUGUGACCCUGAAGUGAGUGCUGCCCUCCUGAGCAGGCAGCGGGCCAUGCAGGACACUGGCCUCUCCCAAGAGCCCUGCCUCUUCUGACUGGACCUGCACACGCACUAUUCCUUCGUAAAUAACUUAUUACGAGCAUAAUGUGGAGCUCUUGUUGCACGAAAAAGUGGAUUACAAAUCUCCGUGACUGCUUGUGUGAGGAAAAGGACUCAAUUAUUUAAAAUUUAUAUCUGGCCCCAAGUCCAUGUUUACAGGAAAAUGAAUUGCUGGUCCCAGAAUGGAUGCAGAAAGGCUACUCGGCCUUGCACUGAGCCCCCGCCUUCCAGCACAGGAGUGAGGUGCAGCAUGGGGUCUGAGUGAGCCACGCUGUGCCUUCAGGUCUCAGGGGAGGAACUAUGAAAGUUGUCCUUUGACCCCACCUACCACCUGCUGAGUUCAGGUGCUGAGCACCCUCAGGUGGGCUCAGGCUUCACAGCCUGACCCUCUGUGGUCCUGGGUGGUGGCUCCAGGGGCAGGGCCUUGUCUUGGGUCUGUGUCAGAGGAUGGACCAUGGACAUAUGUACAUUAAGAUUGUGAGCCUUCUCGAACCGCCGGCCACAUUGGUCACAGGCAAAGUCCAGCUCAGUCUCAGCCUUGUGUUUGGUCAUGUGGUACUUGAGAGAUGCCCGUUGUCGGCACUGGAACCCACAGACUUCACACCUAGGGGACAAGGGAAAGUGAGCAAGGAUUUGGGUGCCAGUGUGGCCACAAGGAGGCACCAGGCCACACUUACUGCAGAGGCUUGGCUCCCGAGUGCCGCAUCUGGUGGACGAGGAGGUGUUUCCGCUGCUUGAAGGUCUGUCCACACUCAUCACAGAUGUAGUUCCGCACCUCUGAGGAGAGACAGAGGAACAGCGAGGCCCUGAUUGCUGGGCUGGGCAUGGACAGCAGCUCACCCAGCACGCAGCACGUGCCGCCAGAGGCCUGUGCACCACCCUCGAAGGGACAGAUCCCACCAUUCCUCACUGAAGACAGGUGCUUUGCCAAGAGCAAAGGCUGGUGCAUCCUCCCACGGAGCAUGGCAAUGGUGGGUCUACUUCACAUCUCCAUUUCCCCAGGUUGACAGCACCCUUGGGUGAAUCUGGACCUGACACCUCCCCCUGCUCCUGUAGACUCCUGCCCUGGUUUCAAUAGCGCCUUCCUUACCUUCAUGCCAUCAGCCCCUCGGUACACAGCUGUGCAGCCUUGAUAUGGGCACUUGUAGAUGGUGGGCAGCUCCUCCCUAAAACACAGGGCACCAUGGAGCUGCCGCCCUGGCUGCACACCAGGCAGCACAGCCCACACCGGCCUCACCUUUCACAGCGGAGCUUGUUCUUCCAGCCCGGCUUUGGUCCAGGCUUCUUCCGGAUUUUUGGUUCUUCGGGCUUCUUGGCCUCUUUGCUUCCAUUCUUUUUACCAGAGACUCUGGGGG